ACUAAAUAUUUUUUCAGUUCAUUAUUCUCAAAGUACACUCUAUUAUAGCCUUAUUUAGCAUGGAAACAGCUGUAAGAUGAAUUCACAGUAUGGACUUAGGAGAUAAAUUCAUGGAAAAUAUUCAGACUUGGCACUAGGUUGAGGAUGGUCUCAUUAGAAAGACUAGUAUCAAGUCGCACAGCUUGACAAUGGACGAAGAAAGGUUUGCAAUAUCCGCUGAGAAAUAUCUAGAAAGACACCAGUUACUUGCUUACUUAGAAGAUGCUGUUGCUCAGCUGCUUGACCACAAAGAUGAAAAUCCUAAAGUCAACACAAAUAAGUUCUUCAGUGAAUAUUUUACCAGUGUUAAAGAGGGAAACCAUACUCUGUUCAGAGAAUACAGUUACAUAGCUGCUACUGCACAUAAUCGGGCAUGCUUUGUCAGGACAUUCUGGAAGUGUUUCCGUCACAUCGGCAAGAAAGGAGAUUUGUUGAACAUUAGAGAGUACCAUUCUCUAGUCAGUUUGUUAUGCGGAGACUUUCCUGUUGAUAUACUACAUAAGACAGCCACGAUCAUUCUCCUAGAUGAUGCCAUGGAAUGUCUCAUAUCAUUCUCAGACUUCCUGUACACAUUCCAACUGCAAUUCUACUAUGAAGAGUUUAUCGAGAAAUGUAGAGAAAUCUUCAAAUCUAUUGAACAAUCACAAAACAGUCCAAGAGGGGCUGUAGUGAUUCCAUCAUCCAACCAAUCAUCUCCUCCAUUGCAAAAUGGUGCAGCAGGGAAUGAUGGGAAGGAUAAUAAAUCAAAAGAAAAUGGAGUACAACAUGCUGAUGGUAUUGAUGCAAUGCAGUUCUUCAGGGCACUUGUCCCACUUUGUGCUAGUUUUGAAAAAAGUUGUCCCUCUGUGGACAUAUUAAGGGAUCUACUUUGGAAUGAAGAGAGGGUGACUUUCUAUGGAUUCCUCAUGACCCUAGCUAAGAGUGAAAGUUUAAAUGAAAAUAUAGGAAAACUCCCAGGUUCAAGCGACCUUCUUCGAGAACCAGACUUACAACAAUCCCCACGAUUGACAGCUGCCAGCUAGUCGUCUAAUACUCGACACACCCGAUGGGGAACUAACAUUGCCACCAAUCCGCCCUGUUUCUGCUGCCAGAUCUCGUCCUUCUUCUGCAGCACGUCCUCGUUCUGCCAACCAAGAUGGCCGCCCAACUCUUACCUCAGGGUCAAGGGUUACAAAAACUAAGAAAAAAACUUUCAAAGCUCGGACUCGUAUGGAGAGUAGUAGUAGUGAAGAUGAUGACGAUGAUGAUGAUGAUUCGGAUACAAAUUAAUGGGCUAAAAGUGCUACAGGAUUUCACAAUUAGCGUGUGGAGUGAGGAAUUCAAUCUGUGGCCGAAUUGGA